AUGUCUCAUCUCGCGCUCCUAUCCUCACCGAGGAGGCGCAUAGUCCAUGGUUGUCUGCUGGAUUCGUGGACAAACCGCGCACCAACGCCUCAUCCCACGUCGCCGGUCCGCCUACCGGAGGCGGUGAACGCCAUGUCAUUGCUCGGCCGCCGUGCCCUGGAAAUCCUGAAUGCCCGGAACACCCUCCCCCUCCUCAUCAAGGGAGAAACUUCUCACUUCUGCUUGUUCUACUGGGGACGCCAAACGGGAAGGGGGUGGAGAAACUUGGUCAACGCCGUCAUCCUGCCCUGCUAUUCAUCGCCAUAUCGCCACCCUCAUCUGCGCCCACCGGAAAGCCAAGACGCAAACAAGGGUCGGAAGGAGAUCAAAGUCCAGAACUGGCUUCUGCAUCCACUCCCCGCCCUCUCCCUCUCCCUCUCCGCAAUCCCCACAAAGUCCCUGAAGCAAAUACAAAGAGAAAACUGUCGACCGACGAUCCGGGGAAAAGAGGGUCCAUCAACCAUCAGCCCUUGGGAGCCUGCGCAAGGGGGCGAUGCUGGGGUUUGGAGGAGGCAGCAGAAAUGCAGCUGGGCGGAGGUUCUUCCCAAUUUGCGCGAUUUCGAAAUCCAUGCGCGGCCGCCGAAACAGUGCCACGCCGAAGUUGCGACGCCCACGUGA